CAUUUUCUACUCGUAUAAUUCCUUUCUAAGAAUCCAAACAUCUCUCUCUCUCUCUCUCUCUCUUCAGGUCAUCUUAGUUUCGAAUAUAGAAUUGCUUCUCUCAUCGAUCGCACAGUUGAGUAGCAAUGCGGAUGAGCUGCAAUGGAUGCCGGGUCCUUCGCAAGGGCUGCAGUGAAAACUGCACAAUCAGGCCCUGCCUUCAGUGGAUCCGGAGCCCCGAAUCUCAGGCCAACGCCACCGUCUUCCUAGCCAAGUUCUACGGCCGCGCGGGCCUUCUCAACCUCAUCAACGCCGGCACCGAGCACCUCCGGCCUGCGAUCUUCCGAUCACUUCUUUACGAGGCGUGUGGCCGGAUUGUCAACCCGACUUAUGGAUCCGUCGGGUUGCUAUGGUCCGGGAGUUGGUCGCUUUGUCAGACCGCCGUGGAGGCGGUUCUGAGGGGGGAUCCGAUAACCCAGGUUAGUGGGAGCGAAGCGGAAGAGUGUAAUCGUGAACCGCCGUUGAAAUCAUGCGACAUCCGCCACCUUCACAAGGAGGAGAAGUCGGGCGGGUUGAAUGAUCUUCACCGGGUCAGAACCCGGUGCCGGUUCAAGAAGUCCGGAGGGAAGGCGAAAUCGAAGGCGGCGCCAGCCCCCCGGGUUUGUGCAGACGACGAGAUGAACCGGUCGACGAGUCACGAGUCGACGCUGAGUCAACAGUCGGAGGUGGCUGUGGCAGCCGGCGAUAGCCGGGAGGCGGAGAGCUUGGGGUCGGCGGACACUGCUGAGGCUUCGUUGAUGAUAGGAACAGAGGCAGCGUCAGCGCCAGAGCAAGUUGGCCAGAUUGAGUUAGAAUUGACACUGGGCUCCCAGCCGGUGCCACGUCCUCGCCACGUUGCCGAGGUCUCCGUAAGCGUGCCGAGGAUCACAUUUGAUUGGACGUUAUAAUUUUUUUUUUUAAUUUUAGAUAAAAUUAGGUGUUUUUUGUUUUGACGGCUGCGAUCUUAUUCAGUGUAGAAAGCAAACUGUACAAAUGAGAUCAUUUAAUUACAUAAACUCUUUUUAUGUCCAAUUUGAGGAGUGAGAAUAACAGUUCAUAAUUCACUACAAGUACACGUGGAAUUAAUGAGAAUAAAAGAUAAUAUCUUAUAUAAGAUAUUAUUAAUUUUUAUUGCUUC